CUUUUCUGUUUGAGAAACACCCUGGCGACAUGCGUUUUGAACUGUCGCACUCUGUGCCACGAAGGUGGAAGCUAUCACAGAUGUGACAGAAGCCGGUUGAGGUAUGUUACGAAAUGAUGAUGCCCACUCUUUCUUCGGCGGGCAGUGCUGUCCCGACGCUUGAGCUGGGCACGCUGGGGUUAAGAGCGAGUGGUUAAGUUCAAUUGGCAAGGCAAUUUGACCACAUUGCUGCUUCCACCUUUUCCGAGAUGUUCUCUGGACUUCUCGCUAUUUAACAAUCCGGAUCCCCCGUCACCCCGUCACCCCGUCACCCCGUACACCUCUACCAUAUCAUCAUCCUCUUUUUGAAUUUUGCAGCACUGUUCUUGGAAGUAUCAUCAGCCUUGCAGGGCAAAACAUGGACUUUGGACCGUCAAAUUGGUCAUGGCCUUCGGGCACAGACCCCAACGGCCAUCCAAACGGCAGCGCGCAAGCAUCAUCAACCCACGAGACACCGCACAGCUCAUCAUCAGGUUCAUCAGCAUCAAAGCCGAGCUCUCAGCAGCAGCCAAAACAGCGAGCGUACAAACCCCGCACUUGCCGCAUCUGCUUGGAAGUAGUCCAGCCCACCACCGAGAUUGACGAGUCAUUUGCGGCUCGCUUCACCUCGAGAGCACGCGUUCGAUACUAUUCAGAGGAUCCGGAGCUGGGCCGGUUGAUCAGCCCUUGCAGAUGCAAAGGUAGCCAAAAAUACGUCCACGAGGGUUGCCUUCAGCAAUGGAGGCAAGCGUCGCCUUUGUCUGACCGGAACUUUUGGCAGUGUCCUACCUGCAGAUUCGAGUACCGGCUGGAGAGACUGAGAUGGGGCCGCUGGUUGACGAGUACGACGGGAAGCGUGGUGCUCACCGGGGUGGUGUUCUUCUUGGCCGUGUUUGUGUUGGGCUUUGUUGCCGACCCCAUCAUCAACCUUUGGGUCGACCCUUGGGGAAGCGUGGUGGAGACGAUUCACGAUGUCAUCUCAGAUGUCGAGGCUAUGCGCCCGAUUGACGAUGAACCGACGACUUGGUCUUUCCAUUUUCUCAAGGGAUUUCUCUCACUUGGCUUGCUUGGGUUCUUGAAGACUUUUAUUGCCAUGUCGCCGUGGCAGUGGUUCAACAUUCGUAGUACAGUAGGUGGACGUCGCAGGGGCAGAGACAGAGUUGAGUCGGUCAAUUGGAUGCUUGUGAUGAUUGGCGUUCUCACAUUUCUUGUGGCAGCAUGGAAGUUCGUCCGUCACUUCAGCGCAAGAGUCCUUGAAAAGGCCCGCGACAGAGUUGUUGACAUUGAAGAGGAUGAAAAUGCCGAUGACGAAGACGACGCAGUGGACGACGAGACGAGGAAAGAUAAGUAAACGAGUAUUCAAUCCGAGCUGCUGUUGUUUAUCCCACGUUCCUUCGCCCACAACGCCACGUCCGCUGUCGCCAUAGCCUACCCCCAAAACCGCUUGCACACUCUUAAGUUGUCACUGGCUCCUGCUUCCAUGUCGUGGCAACUAGUCUGUGUGCAAAGAUCGAGCUUCAUUGUCGCCCUGAGAAGAAGGCGUCUUGUCUCCUUCUCGUUUGGGACUGGCAUGGAGCGCCAAUCCGAGCCUUUUUGGACUGGGUUCUUUGGAGCCUUUUCCAUCUUUCGCUACUCCUCACGCCUUCGGGUGGAUAUCCACUUGCUUUCGGGCAGACAUGUCUUUGGGCGCAUGCUUUCGAGUGUGCACUAUGCCGUCGGACGGAUGGGAGAAGGGAGUUUGCUGUCUUUCGAGAUUGGAACAUGCCAUUGAGAUACCUGGGGGUUUGUCUAAAGAUGAUGACUGGAUGAGGUCCUAUUACUUGAUGAAGCAACUAAAAAUCAAGCACGCGUUGCUUUAGCAAGUAGCGUUGGUUACAAUGAAACAAGGUACUUUAUAUAAGAUAUCCAGAUACCCCCUGCGUAAUGUGAAGUCAUCAGC